GGGGUGUUCUAAAACUUUUGAUAGUGUACAUUCACUGAUAAAGCACUAGAAGUGAAACAAAUGAUUUAUCUCAAACUGAAUCUAUAUAUAAGAAGACUAUGAUAGAUUUUAGAUUUUAAAAACUCUUUACAAAUGUGCAUCUACAAGGAGAAACAGUUGAAUAUCAUGUAUAACAUAAAUUCUUUUGUCAAUGAUGAGGGAUUAUUAAUAUUUCUUGGUGCAGCAGGUUAAUCUUUAACAUUUUCCUUUUGCCCUUUUAAUGCAUAGCUAUUGGGGGAUGGGUCCCACUGUGUAUGUCUGAACAUAUCCGGGAGGAGGGGGUGGGGUUAAGGCUAUAUAAGGUGGACAAACCCCCAAUGGGUACAAGUGACAGCGAGAGGGAGACACACAAAGAGAGUGGAGGAGACACGUUAGAGGGGGAGGAAGAAAAAGAGAAACUGACUUGUUUGUGGACUACCGUGUGACAUGGGAGGAGGCGCUACUUGAGAAUCUUCAAGGGAGACUUAAUAUUUUGCUAACUUAACUCAAGGGUGGUAAAGAAGAGAAGAAGAAGAAAUGAAGGACUUGGUGCAGUCAGUAGAACUAGGGGUCUCUCAGCGGAAAAGAGUCAAUGUAACUCGACCCAAAGUUUGGCUAAAGAAUGAAUGUUUUCGUGUGGCACUCGCUGAAACCCUUUGCACGUAUGUCAUGAUGGCAUUUGGCUUGGGGUCUGUGGCCCAGGUAGUGACAGGACAGGGUGCGUUCGGAGAGUACCUCAGCAUCAAUCUGGGUUUUGGACUGGGUGUUGCUAUGGGGGUUCAUGUAGGAGGGAAGGUCUCAGGUGCUCAUAUGAAUGCAGCAGUGUCAUUCACAAUGUGCACGUUUGGCCGUCUUGGGUGGAAGAUGCUGCCUCUGUAUGUUUUUGCACAACUAUUGGGCUCAUUUCUGGCAGCAGGGACAAUUUAUGCUGUCUAUUAUGAGGCCAUACAUGACUAUUGUGGAGGAAACCUGACUGUAACAGGAGCAAAGGCCACAGCUGGUAUCUUUGCCACCUAUCCUGCACCGUACCUCUCGUUGCUGGCUGGAUUCAUUGAUCAGGUGUUUGGCACAGCUAUGCUGCUGCUGUGCUUGAUGGCUUUGUCUGACCAGAAGAACAAACCAGCCGCGGCGGGCAGCGAGCCCGUCAUAGUGGGUCUCUUGGUGCUGCUCAUUGGCAUUUCUCUGGGCAGCAACAGUGGCUAUGCUAUCAACCCCACCAGAGACAUCGGACCCAGGGUGUUCACUGCCAUAGCAGGCUGGGGGACUGAGGUGUUCAGGGCUGGAAAUGGGUGGUGGUGGGUGCCUCUAGUCGCACCUCCCAUUGGAGGAGUUUUGGGUGCAGGGCUCUACAGGGUCUUGGUUGAAAUGCACCAUCCUGCAGGGCUGAAGGAGGAGUUGGCAGAGGAGAGUGCCCCUCUGGAGAAACAGGAAAACAUCGGUGCUAAUGUAUGUGUCUGAGGCCUCACAACUAUGUGCAGUCUGUAAAACUAAUCUUUAUACAACUGAGACAUUCCAUGAUGUCAAAGGGUUAAAAAAAUUGACAAAGAAGAUGGAGUUUCAAAAUAAGACAGGUCUCUGGCAAGUCCUACAUGAUGAGUCAGUUUUAUGUGAUUAAUUUCAUAUCUAACCUUAUGUUACACAUUUAAAAACACAUGAGAUAUUUUAAACUAAGAGGCUGACAUCUAGGGCUUAUUGCUCCAAUCCAUGAUAGUUUAUAGUAGCUACAUUAAGGAGAAAAGGUUGAAACUUAAGAGCCAAUUUUAUGCAUAGAGAAUGAAAAAAAAAACACUUCAUAACUUAUAAUUCAUGUUUAUAUAAUUGAGG